GGAAAAGACUCGGUUCCCGUACACCCCACGGUACACACCAGGCGAAACACCAGUGGCACUACCACAGCGGGGGAAGUGUAGCCAUGCGUGGCAGGUCAGAGUGGCCGCGUGUACCCGUGACGUCACGCGUGUAUGGGGCUGCGGGCCCGAUCUCUCCCACGUUACCUCAGUUGCAGGCACGAAGCCGUCGCGUCGUGUCCCCUGCCAGUGAAGGGUUGCCGCUCGCUCGCUCUGCCAGAAGGCCACCGACUGGCGGAGCCUCGACAGCGCUGUGCCUGCCUUGGCUGCGUGUGACUCGGCGAUGGUCGCGACGGAGAGGGAAUUAGUGGGCGUCUGCCGCGGCCUCUUCUCGGGCUGAGCUUUUAGAAACGGAGGUGCGUCCGUAUAAUUUACACUGUGGUGCCGCGGAGGGGGACCGGUGGCCGGUGUGAGUGUAGUGUCCUUGUGGGGAAGGAGCGACGCCAGAAAAGCCUCCCGAAGGACCCUUCGCUGAAGUCGAGACGAGGAGGAAAAUCUCAGUGUCCGACGAUGAGGGAUUGUGCGUGCCCAGCCAGUGCCAGGACGAGGCCGACCGCACUCGGUGUGACAAAUCAUGUGGAAUGAGGCUAAAAUGAAUCCCCGAGUGGGCGCGCGCGGCUCAAGGGCGAGGGAGCAUCACAAUGGGCGGCUUGGAGGCGUCACCGACGGCGUGGACGGAGGAGGUCCAGCACUCGAGUGUUAGCAACGUCUCUGACCCGACAUGGGGCAUGAAGGAAACUUCGUCCAACGGUGUCCUGGACUCCACCACAGGCAAAAUUCUCCUAGGCAUCAUCCUCUCCUUCGUCAUCUUCCUCUCGAUCUUCGGCAACGUGCUCGUCUGCGUCGCCGUCUACACCGACCGGAACCUGCGGAAGAUCGGCAACCUGUUCGUCGUCUCCUUGGCCAUCGCCGACCUCUUCGUCGCCUGCGUGGUCAUGACCUUCGCCCUCGUCAACGACCUCCUCGGCUACUGGCCCUUCGGCCCCAAGUACUGCGACAUCUGGAUCGCCUUUGACGUCAUGUGCUCCACAGCCUCCAUCGUCAACCUCUGCGCGAUCAGCCUCGACAGAUACAUUCACAUCAAGGAUCCCUUGAGAUACGGUCGCUGGAUGACCAAGAGGAUCGUCACCAUGGCCAUCGGGGCGAUCUGGCUGCUGAGCGCCCUCGUCUCCUUCCUGCCCAUCAACCUGGAGCUGCACCGUCCCGACCCAGACACAGACGCUGAAGCAGGGGAGGAGCAGUGCGCCCUUGACUUGAGCCCCGCUUACGCUGUCGUGUCUUCGUGCAUCAGCUUCUUCCUGCCGUGUUGCGUCAUGGUUGGCAUCUACUCACGCCUCUACCUCUACGCCAAGAGGCACGUCGAGUCCAUCAAGGCCCUGGUGAGACCGGUCACCCUCGGUUCGCUCGAGGGCGACACCUCUAGGCCGACCAAAGUAGCGGCACCGUGCCACGUGUCGGAGUCCAAGGCGGCGACCACAGUGGGCAUCAUCGUGGGCACUUUCCUGACCUGCUGGGUGCCCUUCUUCUGCGUCAACAUCGCCGCUGCCUUCUGCAAGACCUGUAUUCCCGACAUCGUUUUUAAGGUGCUGACAUGGUUCGGAUACACGAACUCUUCCUUCAACCCAAUAAUCUACAGUAUUUUCAACCAGGAGUUUCAGGAGGCUUUCACCAGGAUACUCACGUUCCGGUGUCGACCCUGUCCGUCCUAUGGAGAUGGCUUCAAUACCUCCUCCACCUCCUACGCCGCGCCAGCCUGCUCGCCAUGCUGCAGCUCUUGCGUACCUCAGAAACGCCGUCCAGGAAGGAGUGCAGCAGGAGGCUCCGGCGGCGGCUCAGGAUACCUGGACAUCCCCCGCCACCACCAGAACGGAUCCUCGACGGCGCUGACGGAGUACACUGUGCUCGACGCCGCCGCCACGCCGCGCUUUUCCCACGACCGCUCCAGGGCCUCGUCGGGAGAACGGUGUCUCAUCCUCGAGCAGAUUUCGGCGAUUUGAUUUUUUUGGGCGGGGUUAGAGAGGGAGGAAAGAAAGAAGGGAAUGAGCGAAAACGGAGGAGAAGAAGAAGGGAAAGUGAAGUGCGAGG